AUUCAGGAUUCCAACAGUGGAUAGUCUUGUGUUACACACCGGUCUUUGAAGUAAGCAGAUAUCCCAAACACGAAGUCCGAAUUGGCGAGUCUAGUAUAUAAUGGGACUGGCGGCACGACCCUCCGGCUGUCGAUUGGUAACCUUCGCUGACUAAAUGCAAUCGAUCCGUCGAUGGUUACAUGGUAUGCGAAAUAUACAGAACAAACUCCAUGGACAAGGGCAGUAACAAUUAGAAUCUGACGGACUUGAGUCAUACUUUGUUAUCCAAACAGGGCUGCGAAGCUGACAAUCAUGGAAUCAAUCGAGUCAUGCUACAUUGCUUACAGUAUAAUUACAACUCGGUUCCCCGAGCGAUCCAUGAUAUCAGAUAUCAUGAGAUGUCAUAUACAAUCGCGUAGCCAUUGCUAUUGAACAAGUAAUCACACCGAAAAGUAUCGAGGGGCCCCUUAAACCUGAAGAUGUCUAGCAGCAGCAGCAAUGCCGUCUCUGCGCGCCGGCGGGUCUGCACCUCCUGCCAGGCCACGAAGCGGCGCUGCGACCAGCGGCUGCCGCGGUGCAGCCGAUGCACCCAGCGGAACCAGGACUGCGUGUAUCCAUCGCUGGCCAACCGCCCACGCGAUUCCAGCGCGCCGCCGAUGCCGUCACCCGAUCGCGCCCCGGCGGCGACGACGACGGUAGAGCUCCACGUGCCGCUCUCACACUUCAGCAGCGUCCUGCCGGGCUCCCCGCCCACCAUCGAGCCCGUGCCCGUGAUCACCGGGGCCGCGGAGCUCUGGCCCCUGUUCUUCAACGCCUCGGGCCCCGCCAAGACGGCCAUCUCGCGGGCCGCUAUGGAGUGGAACAUCUACCGGACCACCAGCCUCCCCCUGCAGUGGGUGUCGCAGGGCCACUGCCCCUUCAUCAACCUCUCACUGUACGAUUCCUCCGGCUCCUCCCCUUCCGCGGAUUCACCGCUACCCACGCUGCGCGACGCCUUCGCGGUCUGCGCCGCCUACGCCAUGAAGAACGACCUGAACGCGCCGCUGGUUCUGGGCAUCGUGGAGUCCAAGGCACGUGGCCUGGUCUACGACCCGCUGCAGCCGUCCUGGACCCCGCUGCAGCAGCUCGCGGCCCUGCAGGCCCUGGCCAUGUACCAGCUGAUCCGGUGGUUCGACGGGGACAUACGGCAGCGGGCGCUCGCGGACGAGGACGAGGCGGUGCUGGACUCCUGGACCGAGGCGCUGCAGGCGAGGGUCGGGCAGCGGCUGUUCGAGCGGGGCCAGGAGGGGAGUUUGCUGGUUGUUCCGCCACCGCAGGAGUUAGGAGGUGCGGGUAGUGGUGGUGUGAUGAUGGGACAACCACAGAGCAAUAUCAAUGGCCCGGCCCUGGAUGACGAAUAUGGUAUGGCUGGAGGAGUCUACGCGAGCUCCGAGACCGUGGCGGAAUGGCGACAGUUUCUUUUUGCUGAGUCGUGCCGGCGAACGGUAGUCUUCAUCUACACACUCCGUAGCAUGUAUGCCAUGGCGAGUAAGGGGUACUGCCACAUCGGCCACCAUAUAGUUCAAAUGUCGUAUAUGGCCGGCUCGGCAAUCUGGAACGCCAACACUGCUGGUCGAUGGAACAAUGCUCGAGCGUCCAGGUCAAAUAUUUGGGUCGAGCGCAUGGAUUUUGCGCCGAUGCUCACGUCAGCUAGCCCGGAUGAGGUGGACUCACUCAGUCUACUUCUGGCAGUGUCUUACAAAGGCACAGAUGUGAUCGAGGAUUGGAUGUCAAGAAGAGGCAAUCCUCAACCGGCAAUGGACAUGGGUUUUGGUGUUACAAUGGCUUGACGAAGACGUAACUGAACAAAGACAAACUUAGAACAAGAUAGAACACAACCUGACAACGAGUAAAACAUGAGAUAACUUCCCUC